GUUUAGGUAAGUUUUUUCUUUCUUUUUCAGAUGGAUCCUGUCAAAGAAUUCCUUGCAGGUGUUCGUGUGGUGGUGAGGGAGUGUGGCAUCGCUUCACUGCAGGAGCGGAUGGUAUCCCCCGGGCCUUCUGGUGGGCCGUCGGCACAGAGGAGGAGCCCAUCUCCAGGAGCUGCUCCUGAGGCAGACGGUUCCGGAGCAGACUGUGUGGUCGAGGCGGCGGUCGGCAGUUAGAGGGUUGGGCCUGAGGUGUCGACCGUGGAUGCCCCUGGCAGGCGGUCUAUUCCAGGUGGCAUUGGUGGAUCGGGUUGGGGACGGGAGGCUGCUUGCCUACGUCUCCCAGGUCAGGCUGUGCCCCGUCAGUUGGUGGCUGUCAGGAAAGGUUGGGUGCUGAGAAUGGUGGGCUCCGGUGUGGCGGGGAGUGGUCUGCUACCAACGCUGGUGACACCCCUGCCGCUCUCAGUGAGUUGAGCCUGAUGGGCCUUGUAUCCUUGGGAAGAGUUAGGCAGGACAUGGGUGCCCAGGGGCACAGAGGGGAACAGGGCGUGGGAUGUCCAGGCAGCAGGAAGGAGUCUAGUACAACCCCGACUGGGACCAGGUCAGCUGUGGUGGAGGCCAAUAUCUCAGUUGGGGCUUAGUCAGCACGGGUGACGGCUGGUUCAGGCAGCCAGGCAGGGUUAGGACAUAGCAGUACUACAGCCAGGGAGGUGCCAGGCAGGCCUAAAAGACAAGAUAGGCAUGUGGCCCGAAAGGUGCCUGAGGCAGAGCAGAGACAGGUGGGAGUGAGUGCGCACGGGUACAUGAUGCCAGGCAGAUGGAUAGGUCGGAUUGGAGGAGUCAUGCUGUCCGAGAGUGCAGGGAGCGCCGCUCUAGGAUGAGGGAUAGCAGGUCACCAGAUGUCCCAGACCAGGCUACUUCUCAGGAUCAUUCCAAGGAUAGGACCAUGCACAGCAAGGAUAGACUGUCCACAGCAGGUCAGCGCAGCAGAGACAGGAGCCCUUCUGUUAGGCAUUACAGCAGGGGGCGCUUAACUUCUUCCGAGGAUAGGGCGAGGAGCCGGUGCAGGGCCUACAGGUCGCCUAACAGGAGUUAUCAGAAGGGUAGGCUUACCCUGUAUGGCCAAUCUGGCCAGACGGCCAGAUGUUGUGAGGACAGGGAAUGUGGUCAGGUCAGCAGACUACCCAAAUUGUCUACCUUCCGCAGGUUAGCAACUCCUUCUCCUAUGGUUCUGAGGCAGAACCAGACAGCUGGAUACAGAAGCUAUGAUGCUACUCCUGAGCCUCUCGAGGUAGAUGGAUGGACUUUUACAGCAAGGGGUUCUGGUGGUGAGUGUUCUACUGCACUACACUCUGGGAAACUCUUGGAUAGCUUGAGGUCCUUUCUUAACACUUGGGCUGUCGGGGAUACACGGGAGGCACGUUUUAGUUUGGUGUGGGGUCCACCGACAGGCGGGAGUGGGGUGGCUACUACGGUUCCAGUGGCUGUGGCAGGAAGUGUUCAGGGCAGGACUUCGGUGACUUUACUUGGGUCAGGGAUGUCAGCGGUGGUCAGCGAGUGUGCAGAGUUGACAGGUGAGAUUCCUGAGGUAGCCAAACAGAAUGUACACGUGUCAUUCGCUGGGCGUUUGGGUUGUUAUCUAAUAUCGGAAGUGAAGGAAAAGAUUUGGCGGGCCAAAUUCCUCGAGAUCCUUUGGAUGAAUAUUUUGAUCUGAAGGAGGAAUAUACAAAGAAUGUCAAGAAAGAGGAGGAGGAAGAGAGACGGAGGUAUCGGAAGAUACCUAACUAUUUGGGGAAUUUGCUUCAGGCAUUCUGCAUUUUGGCUAGUGUUUGUGAUGAUGGCUCAGAAAGCUGCACCCUUUCAGGGUGGAGCCGGCGUGGGAUCAACCUCCUCUUCAUCGGCCAGUCAAAAGAAUGGGUUCUGUUGGACGUUUAAUGAAGGACAAUGAAAGUGGGGUGACUCGUGUAAGUUUAAGCACGAAUGUUCGGGCUGCGGGGGGGGGGCCCACGGCCUCAACAGGUGCUUCAAGUGGGGAAAGUCUGCAUCUGGCGUCAUCGACUUCCACUGGGGACAACUCUGGUGAAGGUCGGCGCAAUGUUGCCUUGGCUAAUCGUAACCAGGGUGAUGCACAGUUAUUGUUGUAUGGGUUUUCAAAAGGGUUUGGUAUUCUUUUAAAAGUUUUGGGUCGAUUGUGUGACAACUUGAAGUCGGUCGCGGAGCAUCCAGAGAUGGUUCGAGAUAAAUUGGCUAAAGCGGUUGAGCAGGGCCGUUCUCACAACCUCUGUUGGUGGAUUUAGGGAUUUUACCUUUGGGCAUGGUGCCUAAGAAAGAACUGGGUAAGUUCCUCCUGAUCCAUCAUUUGACAUAUACGAAAGGUUCUUAGGUGAAUGAUGACACUGAUGCGACCCUGUAUUCUGUCUCCUACGCAUCAUUUGACCAGGCGGUUGAGUUGGUUCAGAAGGCAGGACACGGGGCACUGAUGACGAAGGCUGACGUGGAGACGGGUUUUCAAUUACUGCUGAUUCAUCCGGAUUAUCACCAUCUGUUAGGUAGCAUGUGGGGCUUAUUUUGUGGACCUUUGCUUGCUUGUUCCUACUUCGAAACGUUUAGUUCCUUUUUGGAGCUGGUGGUGCACGAGGAAUUGGGUGGGGGUUCUUUAGUGCACGAUCUCGAUGACUUCUUGUGUGUGGGCACUGCCAGGUCGGACCGUUGUGGCCAUACCUUGCGGUCUUUGGAGUGGGUGGCUAAUUCAUUUGGGGUAUCCCUGGCAGCCAACAAGACGGUGGGCCCUACCACCUGUCUGUUUUCUUGGCUUGGAGAUUGAUUCGGUGGCAGGGGAAUGUCGGCUGCCUAGGGAUAAGGUGAUUGCACUUCGGGAGCUCGUGUUGUGUGUUAGAGGGUCCAGAUACUUUGAGAGAAUUUUGCGUGUAGGGUAAUUUGCAUGGGGAGAGUUUUUAGCUGUUUUCUGGCAAGGGCAACUUGUGGGGUCUGGUCUCCACGUCACAUUGUCAGGGUCAUGGGACCAUGAAGUUGUAUUAGUGGGUCUGGGAAUUGUGUUAUGUUGUUCACAGAUUCUUCGGGGAGCAUAGGUUUUGGGGCAUAUUUGUCGGGCAUGUGGUGUGCUGCUCAGUGGUCUGAGGCCUGGAAAGCAAGUCCUCUUAUCCGUAAUUUGGGGUUUCUUGAGUUGUUCCCAUUGGUGAUAGCUUUGGCGUUUUGGGGGGAGGUGCUGCGGGACAGGAAAGGUGUUAUUUUUUUUUUAUGGUGGUGGUUCAUGUGGUCAUGUGCUUAUCUGCAUCUUCGGUCCUGGUUGUACGCUUAUUACGGCAAUUUGUGUGGUUUUGCAUGUCUUUUAAUAUUGUUUUUCGGGCAUGUGACAUGCUUGGUUUGUUAAACGUGGUGGCUGAUUCCUUGUCUCGUUCACAGUGGGAACGGUUUCGGCUGGUGGCUCUGGGGGCCCGAAAGGAAGGACAGGCCUGUCCGGAGGAAAUGUGGUGGCUUGGGAUGUCAUGCUUUGAGAAUUCACAAGGAAUUCUUUGGCGCUUGGCACGUGGGCUGCUUAUGUAAAGGUUUGGGAUGCAUGGGACGAGGCGGUAGGUCACACAGGGGUGUCCCAGUUAAAGGAGGGAUGGUUGGAUACUGUUCUGUGGUUCCUUUGCCGUUUCUUACCACAGCGUUUGUCUCCGUCUGUAAUCGACAGAAAUAUGGCGGCAUUGGUGUUCCUGUUCAAGUUGAAUGGUUGAGAGGACGUUACAAAACAUUUUCUCAUUCGUCAAGCAUUACGGGGCUUUAGGAGAUGUAAGAAAUCGGUGGAUGCUAGAAGACCGGUCGGGAUUGUGACGAGACCAAUCUCGCCACAUUGCACUGGAGAAGCCUGGUUGCUCGCCUGCUGCCUUUGGACUAUGGCCCCCUUUUAAAAGACUUUAUUUUUGCCUGCAGAAAAGCUGUAUUCGUGCUUUUCUGCCUGGGUUUCAGUAGAUUUGUUUGAAUGUGUUAUACCCCAGAUAGGAAUCCCAUGGAGCCCAUUCGUAUGAAACUGACUGUAAAGACUUUUGCUCCAUGGCGAUUAAACUGUAUUUGUGUGGUCCGAGCGCCAUUCACUUAAUAAUGUGCGCUCAGACCUGAGCUAUCUGGGGAUAUGUGAAAUGUCUGUGUGUUAUGUGUAAAAUGUGACUUUAUGUAUUUUAAAGUGUUUUGUGUCUUUUUGCAACCAUGUGCUUAAUGGAGUCUUGUGUCUGUCCUGUGAGAUAAUUGAAUUACUUAUCUCCAGGAUAGAAGACUCUGAAACUGGUUUGGGCCAGAAAGCCAUGCUUCAUUUAGUCACAAAGGACUUUUUACUAACUUUUGAACCCCUUGUCUGAUUUGUGCCAUUUUUGAAUAUGUUGUUUCCCUGAAUGGAUUGAUUGAGAAUAUGUAAUUUUAUGUGAAUGUGAUGUAUGGUUUUAGAGUUAUGAAAGUUGGGUAGAAAGUAUGUUUUAACUGUUGUAAUUGAGUUUCCUCUCAGGAUAAGGGGAGGGAAUAUGUGGGAUGUAACUGUGAUGUGAUUGGUUGUUUUAUACCUCCCUGUGGGUGGUCCUGUAUUUGAAAGACUGUAAUAAAAACCAGGCUGGGUGUGCCAGCACCUCAGACCACUGCUUGACCCUCAACACGGAGCCUUGUCUCGUUCUUGGGGGGAUUCACUGUAUGCUGUUAGAGACUGAUUGCCAGGAGUGUAAGCUGAUUGUCUGCUUUUCCUGUUCGUCUGCUAGCAGCUAUUUGGGAGGUUCCAGUUCGGGAGUUGGAGUGCUAUUUUGUAUCCAGUUCGGGAGUUUGGUGUUCUGCAGUAGCUGUGCCUGUAUCUCUGGAAAGGGGGGCGAUCGCCUAAACGGUUUUUACCCCUUGUGUGCAAAACGGUCCGUUACAAUUGGUGGCAAGCGGCGGGAUCGUUCCUACAGCCAGAAGGACAGCUACAGGAGACACCAUUCCGUGGAUUUUACAAUUUGAGGGCAACGCAUGUCUCAGUACAGCGACCCUGACAGCAACAGAAUGGAACCAGCAGUGGAGUACAGAUACUCUGUACAGGAAUUUGACCGCAUGAUGUGGUUGCGGCUGAACUUCUUCGGACCUAAUCCAGCUGAGAAAUCCGUGAAGUUCGUGAGGAGUCUAGUAUUCAAGACUCUGCUGUACCGGGCAGAGGGUGACGGUCAGCUGCCACGGUGGGUGGACCUCCACCGGCAGCUACAGUUGCAGGACAGAGAGAGCCCAGUCUCCUCUCCCCAGCGGCAGUGUGAUAUGCAGGGAAUUGGGAGCCCAGUCUCCAUUCCCCAGCGGCAGUGUGAUAUGCCGGGAGUGUAAGCUGUUCGUCUGCUUUUCCUGUUCGUCUGCUAGCAGCUAUUUGGGAGGUUCCAGUUCGGGAGUUGGAGUGCUAUUUUGUAUCCAGUUCGUGAGUUUUGGUGUUCUGCAGUAGCUGUGCCUGGAUCUCUGGAAAGGGGGCCGAUCGCCUAAACGGUUUUUACCCCUUGUGUGCAAAACGGUCCGUUACAGGGAUCUUUUGAAGUCCUGCAGCGCUUAGUGGGAGUGCUGCCAGCGGUGUGUUCAUCUCCUUUUGAGGUGGGGUUAUUCUCAGUUGCCUUCUCAUGAGCACUCUUCGGGGCCUUUCGGAUUGGUGAACUGGUGAGUACCUCUCGGGCGGGUGUUGGGGUUUUCAACACUCGGACAUCGAAUUACGAACCGAUAAGGUGGUGAUUCGGUUCGGCCAUACAAAGACGGAUGUAUUUGGUAAAGGUUGUUUAGUAACACUAUUUUGCUUGCCUGGGUCAGGUGUCUUCCCGGUUUUAUGUGCAUCACACUACAUGGAGAUUCGCUCGGACGUCCUGGGUAGUAUUUUGGUACAUGGAGAUGGAUCCGCUCUGUCGCGGUUCCAAUUCUUUCGGGUUCUUCAGAUGGGCUUGACAGAGCUGGGUUUGGAAUGGGACCCAUUCAUUCCAGAUAGGGGCAGCGAUGGAGGCAUCCUGCUUGGGUCUAGGUGAGGAACUGGUGAAACGUAUAGGUAGAUGGGAGUCGGUACGGUCUUACUUACGGCCUGAACACUUGGUUUAAUGGGCAUAGAUUGGUGGGGUGGUGUUUUGUGUUAUGCCUUGUCACUGAUUCAGUUUUCAUUUUAGGUUGGGUGGCCUGGUUGGUGGGCCACUUUUACAUCUACUGGGCGCAGAAGAGAGCCGCAGUUCAGAAACAAGGAGUGCAGAUGGGUUCUGCUCUGGAGUUGGUGAUACUGGAAUGGUUUGGUUUUCAGGGUUUUGGUUGGCAAGGCAUUAGUGAGGAACUUUUCCGGAGGGUGGCAAGGGGCACCAUUCCAGAUGUACUGUUAAUCCACGCUACAGGUAAUGAUCUGGGCAUGAUCCCAAAAAAGGAAUUAGUCAGAUGGACGAAGAGGGAUGUGGACCGGCUACUGGAGCUGGCUCCAGGUGUGGUGGUGGUGUGGUCUGAGAUGCCAAGGACCUGGCCUCGAUGGUUCGGUGUCGAGGACAAAUCAAUAAAAUGAUGGCGGUCUUAAUUAGGCAUAUAGGUGGAAUGGCAGUGAGGCACGGGGAAUUGGAAGGCAUGCUUCCUGGGUACUUCAGGAGGGAUGGUGUACAUCUUUUGGAUGUGGGGUUUGACCUAUUUAUGUUGGGCCUUCAGGAGGAGCUCAGGAGCUUUAGGUGUCAAGUCCUGAGCUGUGGCAGGGAAUGGCCAGGUUAAAUCAGGGGGUAGAUGGAGGAGGAAGUGGGCAUCCUGAUGUUUUGGUUGGUAGGUUCGAGUCAGUGGUUUCGAACCUGGGGGUGUAGCGGUGUCUUGGUACACCCCUACAAUUGAACUUGUGGGUGUAGCGGUGUCUUUGUACACCCCUACAAUUUAAUCUGGCGGAAAUGUGGUCAUAUUGGACAGCCAGUUUCUGAGUUAAUAUGUUAAUUAGAUUGUUAUCUAUUGUUAUUAUUGUGGGGUCAUUGCCAGGGGUAUAUUAUGUGUAUGGGGGGAAGUUGGCUUUAAUAAUAUUUGUUGGCAAUGACCCUAUUUGUUAUCCUUAAUUAAUUAAUUAAAAAUUAAUAAAACUGUCGACUAAUAUUUCCAACAGAAUAACCUGUGUCCAUGUCUUAAUGAGGUUCAGGGUAAAGUUAACGCAUAUGCUGGUAAAUCUGACUGUGCGUCUGUCAUGUGGUACAUGAUGGCGACCCACCGAUGCCGGAGGUAGAGCUACACCAGCUGAGGGGUUAAACCAGGCUCUCCCAAACUCCCGCCCACCAGAUGUUGCUGAAGUACAACUCCCAUGAUUCUCAGCCUACCUAUUUCAUUCAUAGAAUCAUAGGAGCUGUAGAUUAACAACAUCUGGAGGACGGGAGUUUGGGGAAGCCUGGGUUAAACUCUAUAUGUGCAGCAUUUUAAAGCAAAGCACUGCACAUACAAACUCCACACACCAUGACCAUUUCAAAUCACUGAAGUAGUUAUGGUGCUUGGAUUAACACUUAUAUAGAUCAAUUUUAUGGACUCUAAAAUUAGCCUGACACGUUUUAAAGGCAUACAGAGCAACAUAGUUUUAAAGUUUUAAAGGUGCACAAUCUUGAAAGUAUUUUACUUGUAUGCAAACAAUGUUAACAUUAUAACAACAAUAUGUCUUUAUAUACCAGAAUGUAUAUCGACAUAUGUAAUUCAAUUGCCAUGUAGAUGUUGAUUCUCUACAUCACGUAGUAGAUAGUUGGUACAUAGUUAGGAUGGAGUCUCCCGUAGGUUACUAAGGAUAAUGACAGGUGAGGUUUAAUGUUACUUAUUUUAAUACUAUCAUUAGCAUGUAUCUAUAUAUUGGCAACAAAUUCCACAGCACUAAAUACAUUAAAAAAGUUGAAUAUAAAUGCUCAACUUGAUAAAACAAGAGAUACUAGCAUGGUACGUUUGAAAGUCCUGUUCUAAUAGUUACAGUAUAAAGAAGGAAUGUGUUUGUGUAAUUCUAUUAAUGGUAAAAGAAUAGUCAUAUCUUAAAAUGGUUUUAGCAUAGCCCUGAAAAGGAAAUAUUAACAGUGUAAUUUUAUUAGAUCUCAUCCUUCUAAAAGUAGAUAUAUCAGUUGCAGACUUUUUUAAUUUUUUUUAAACAGGUGGCAGAGGUGGGUUCAAUCAUGUAGGAGAUUAAGAAAUGAAACACUUCCCAAUUUUAAUGGGGAAUGUAGAGGUUAAAAUUGCAUUAUGCAUCCUGAAUAUAUAUUUGAAUAGCCGCCAAGCUGUCUAACCCUGGUCCCCCUCCCACAGCGUAGCUCUCAGCUUGUUGAUUUAUUAAUGAUUAUGAUUUUAAGAACUCAGAUGGAAAUGUCAGCUUUCAUGGCCUGAUUUUCAAAAGGCUAGUUUACUUGCGUUUUAAUGUGGUUGGAAUGAAUAAAGGAACACUUUCUUUCCAGAUGACUUAGUUUCGUUUUCUACAAGAAGCUUUGUUUGUUUCCCUUAUUCUCAUCACCUAUAACUACUUUAAAAUUCUAAGUUAUGCCAUGUAACACCCCAUUUCUUUCACAUAUUCACUUCUGCUCUUACAUAUGUAAUUGCUGUUAUAUCAUACCACAUUCAUUUAUUUAACGGUACAGUACUGAAUAACAAUGGCAAUAGUACGAGUAGAAGGAAACUCACAGAGAGCCUAAGAUAGUAUUCCCAAAGUAUUUCAUUUCAGUAGAAACAUGUCUUCAUUAGCAAGCGUAAACCAAAUGGAAUGUUGCUUCAUACCUUAAAUAUAAUAAAUCUUCAAAGUAACACCUGCAUAAAUGAGAACUGAUCCAAAAAGGAUUCUAUUAUAAAUAGUAAAAACCAAACCCCAAACAUUUAAUGACUUAUUGGCCCAAGGUAAGCCUUUGCCAUAUGACUUAGAAUGAGAUUAGAUUCAUAUGGCCUUUUUUUAAUAAGCUUAUUAGCAGCCAACAAAAAGCAAUAGACAUUGAAAAACAAACCAAAAAAGCAUACAAUGUGUAUGCUACCCCAAGGUGCCAAACUUCUAUAUACUCUGUGAGUGCAUUUCCAGAACACAAAUUAAAUUAUAUAUGACUGUACUUCAAUAUAUAUGGUUUAUUUUAUCCUUUUAUAGAUGCAUAGCUGAAUCCCAAAUACUUUGUAUAUUUUGCAAUUUGCAGUAAACUAGUAUAGCUACGGAACAACCGUUACCUAUUGACAUUAAACCAGAUUAAGCUGGCACUCUAAGUAAAAAAACAAACGCAUACACAACCAACCAAACAAACAAAAACUGUUAUUGGACACUGAAAUUCUUCAAUUCUACCUCUGAUUGUCAAGGUCAAUGUUUGAAGGAUCACUAUAGGGUCAGGAACACAAACAUGUAUUCCUGACCCUAUAGUGUUUAACCCACCAUUUCGGUGGCUUAGCCCCCCUUUAAAAGUUUAAGACUCUGCCGGUGCUGGCUCUGCCCCCUUGUGACAUCAUCAAAUCACCACGGGGCGGGGCCAAAUGCAAUUUUGGCCAAUCAGGACCCCCUCAUAGAAAUACAUUGAAUCAACGCAUCUCUAUGAGGAAAAUUCAUUGUCUCCAUGCAGAGCGUGGGGACACUGAACUGAAGGGCUGCUUACUGUGCAGCCCUGACAAAGAAGCCCCUCCAGUGGCCAUCUGAGGAUUGGCCACUUGGAGGUGUCCCUAGGGUCAAUGUAAACACUGCUUUGUCUCUGAAAAGUCAGUAUUUGCAUGAAAAUGCCUGAAGGGAGCUAUUAUACUCACCAGAACAAAUACAUUAAGCUGUAGUUGUUCUGGUGACUAUAGUGUCAUUUUAAGGCUUAUGUCAACUGUCAUAACCACUACAGCCAACAGUAGUAGUUAUGAUGGUAAGAUUACCCUGUCACCAUUCCACAAUUGUUUCCCCCAUGUGUCCCACUAUGUCUCCUCUGUAGGCAGGUUUAUGACUUGGAGAGUGAUUCAAACUGGGUUUUUUGCCUUCUUUUGGAUCAUCAGCAAAAACAAAUGUGAGAAAAGCUGACCUUGAUGUAUGCAAGUGUCUUUUCAGUCUAUGUAAUUAAGUAACUAUGUGAUGUCUGGCUUCAGUAGAGCUGCAGAAGUUGGUUGUACAUCCUGACGCUUAUUCAUUGACUGAGAGUGUCAGUUGACGAAUGUCAGCCAAUGAAUGAAUGUCUGGACAAUGAAAUUUGCCCACAACUGGCAUUAGCCAGCACCAGAUCUCUUGUUCGAGGUUGGCUGAUGAUGCCUCAUGACACUACUGGAGGUGGGGUUCCACACUCAGCAGCCAGUGGGUUAAACUCAGUAUGUGCAGUGUUUCACAGCAAAAUGCUGAACAUACAGACCCCCAGCACCAUGCCUGCUUCAUAUCACUGAAGUGGUCAUGGUGCUUGGAGUAACCCUUUAAAGCCUGGUAAGCCUAAAAUAUGGUAAAUGUGUGGUAUAUAUGGUACCUUGUGAUCAUAAUGUCUUUUCAAGCUUCAUUUUGCUUGUUAGUUUUGUUUAUAUGUUUUGUUUUUAUUAAACCUGAGCUAAAAAGUGAUGUUUUAUUAAUUAGAUUGGUCCAUGCGAGUGUCUUAGUUGUUUCAUAUAGAUCUAUAUCAUAAAGAUAGAUUUGAAAUGGUAUGAUUUAAGCCUACAUUGUAAAUUCAUCACAAUUCCUUAUUUAGUAAAUUAACCCACCACUCCAAACUCCUAAAGCACUUCACUUUUUUAUAUUACAGAUUUCAAUAGAAAUUGGCACUUUUUUAAAAACAAACCUUGUUACACCACCUCCAGCCUGUCAAUCAGAGAACUAGUCCUGUUACUUCCUGAUUAUUUAGCUGAGUGAAGCUUAACUAAAGAGGCAAUUGCUCUGCCUUGAAAAUACUUCUUAUUGAGCUGCAUUAGCAAGGCUGUGAUUGGACAGACAAAUAAAGUCUUGGCUGGGUUUAAAAGGGGAGGGUUUGCAAAGACUUCAGACAAAAGAUCUGCAGUUUUUGCAAGCUGUUUUUACACAUACAUGAAUGGAAAAAAGAACAUUUAAAUCCAUGCAUAUUUUAAUUGGGGUAUAAUCUUCUAAACAUAUAUUUUAUUUAUUUACAUUUGAGCAAUGGAAUGCCCCUUUAUAUAAUUUGUGAGGAAGCAUUUAAAGAGAAGGUUUGAUAACCCACAGAUAUCUGAAUUGUAUAAAAGAACUCUCCAGACAUAAGAAGCACUUCAGGGGGGCGGGGCCUGGCCGCAGAGCUGAGACGAAGCAAACCUCUGCAGCUCCUGCUGACUGCCAGAGAAAAAGCUGAAUUUCACUAACAAAAAGAUGAUUUCUCACUACAGAGAGGCCACCCAGCUCUUGCUGACACUGAGAGGAAUAGGAUGAUACCAUCCAAGCGACAAUCCGAGCUGUGGCCACUCUCAACUACUCUGCGGCUUACAAGCAUGGCGGGCAUGGGGGAGACGGCCGCUCUCCCGCAGCCACGGCAAACUGAGACCCUAAGACUGGACCUACGUUCCCGGACCGGCGGGGAUUAUACCGGUCCACCCUCAUGCGAACCCCAAGCAGAGCAGGGGACUCAAUACAUCGACACAGGGCCCUAACCCUAACACCAGAAAGACCUCUAAAAUGGUAGAUGCCUGCCACGACACCUGGCUCAGCCAAACAUGGACAGACACGGAACGCAGGCUUAACAAAAUAUUCGCCUCCUUCUGGGAGAAACUAGAGGCCUGCAUGCAGCCCCCACUACCAGGGGCACUGCCCGAGGACCCGCCACGGAACCAGAUGCGUGUGAUCCAGGGGGGUAAGGCAGUGACCAAACCCGACCAUCCAUCCAUGGCGGGCAUAGCAAAGACCGCCUCCCGGCAACGCCAUGUGAACCCCAGGAGGGACGCGAGACCCAAGAGAGCGACCGCAUCAGGAGGGCUAAUGAAGAGGUAUAGCAGCCCCCGACAGGCAAACCCAGCUCUGAACAUACCUCAGAGUACAUAUCCUCAGACAAGCACACCGCCUCGCGGCACAGGGGCUCCACACUUCCCCAUACCCUGGAGACGGAGCAAGCUGCAACAAACAGAGCGGCGGGAAUACACACAACUUCGGCUAGGCAUUGGCUGAACCAGGACUGGGACUUAAUACCAGGCAAAGUGCCCUAUAUCUUUCACCUUACUAUGCUUCAGAUGAACACUCUCAUAAGAUUUAUGUAUGCUCUAGUGAACUUAUUAUUUCGUUUAUGAUCAUCCAGGGGAUCGUAGGGGGGACAUCAAUAGAUGUUAUUCGACUAAACACUAUUUGCACCCACACGUUGUAUAGCUCACAUUCAAGCAUGUAUAACUAUUAGCAUUUUUGCUUUAACCUAAUAUCAGUCUAGAUUGCAAAACCUUACGUACAAAUGUAUGAUAAGCACAGUCUAGACCUGUAGACCAGUCUAGCUUACUAACUACUCCUCUAUAUAAAAAUAAAACGUGCAUUGUAUCUGCAAAAAAAAAAGCACUUCAACAGAAGUGAUAUAUGUGUCUGUAGUCUGUCAUAUUUUGACAGUUUAUAAAAGUGCAGAUUUCAGUAAAAAAUCAUCACUUUUCUAACUUGGGGCAAAACACCUCCCUAUCUGUCAGUUAGACAGUCAGGGAGGAUUUCUUCCACUUCCAUUAACUCCACAGAGUGGAGGUGUGCUGGGCUUGCGAAUAUCUGCCUUCCCCACUUAUCCAUAAGUUAUAAUAGUGUGUGCUUGUCAAUGUGUGUGCAUCUUUGCAUGUUGCCAGUGUUUGAUCUGUUUGUGUUUGUCUGUAUAAGUACAAAAAUAAAAAAUAUAAAAAAGAGGAACCGGCACACCAAAUAGAUGAGAACUAGGUGCCAGUUUAGCAAUGCAGAAUAAGUGAAGAAUGAGAUUAUAUAUCACCAUAAGUGGUCAUGGCAACAUUGCGACCUUGUUAAAAGAUCUUUGUCAAGUUUGACAAAGACUUUUCAACAUGUCAAAAUGUUUCCAGGUCCACUUAUGUGGAAUAAAAUCUCUCUCCUCACAUACAGUUGUCACUCAUUCUUUUUACUUUUUUUAUUUAUCUUUCCAUGUUUGUCAGUGUGUGGAUCUGUGUAUGUGUGUGAAUCUGUGUGUGUGUAUCUGUGCAUGCGUGUCAGUGUGUGUAUCUGUGCAUGUCUGUUGAGCUGUGUGUAUGUGUGGCUCUAUCCAUUUAUAUCACUGUGUAGAUCUGUGCAUGUGUUUCAGUGUUUGAAGAUCUCUGUGUGUGUGUGUGUGUGUGUGUGUAUCAGUGCCUGUCAGUCAGUGUGUGGAUCUACAGAUGUGUAUCAACCUGUGUGUGUUUUCUGUGUCUAUCUCUUGGAGUGUAUCUGUGUGUAUGUGUGUACAUCUCUUUGAAGCAGUGUUUGUGUGUUUCUGUGUGUAGCAAUCGGCAUGUUUGUGUGACAUUCUAUGCCUAUAUGUAGAUACACACCACUGCAGUGAAACUCCAACACUGUGCACAAAAAUAGCUGUACAUUCAAACACUAAUGCUACCCACAAACAUAUCCCUGCAUUCAAUACAAAUUCAACCUUGGGCAAAUGGGAUGGGCAAACUGAAGAUUCACAGCUGGCAAAACAUUGUGGAAGAUGUAUGGCAAUUGAAGAUCUACCUUUUGACUACCCAUGCCACCAUCUACUACCCUUACAGAGGGCCAUUUGUUGUUGUUUUUUACACCAGGGCCCUCUCUGCAUUAGUUCUGACACUGAUUUCUCUCCUAAGAAAGCCAUCUCUUCACACAACUUCUCCAUCUAACUAUGGCCCCAUGUCUUUAGUUCCUCUUAAUGGAAAGCUACUUACAUUACUUGUCUGUAAGUGCCUGACCUAUUUUCUCAACUCGUAUUCUCUCUUUGAUCUUUUUCAAUCUGGAUUCUGCCCCCAGUAUUUUACUGAAACUUCUCUAAUUGACCUAAUUGUGGCUAAAUCCAAAGGUCACUACUUCAUUCUAAUACUUCUUGAUCUGUCUGUUGCUUUUGCCAUUGCUGAUUACACUUUUUUCUCCAAAAUCUUCACACUACAGACAUUUGUGACACUGUCAUCUUGCUUACCUCUUCCAAUGCUCCUUCAUACCUUUUAUGUGUAGCCAAGACCUUUAUUUACAGGUAUUUUAAAUUGUAGGAAAUAAGGACUUUAGUUGAGCGAAAAUGUAAGUAAAUUAGUCCUUUAUUUUAUUUAAGAUCUGAUAUAAAUUUAAAAAAAAGGUUUUGUGACCUAAUGUUUAAAGUAUAGCUCAAUGAUUUAUCUAAACAUGUUUUGGGAUUUUAAGAGUUAAAUGUAUACAUUCGUGUUCAACUAAUUAGUAAUAUAUUAUGUGAUGUGUUUUAUGAAUUUGUAUUAGAAAUUAUAGUUUCACAAAUGCUGUGAUUGUUUUUUAUAAUGUUUGCACUUUGUAUGUCUUGAGAAAGAAACCAACUGAGGAGGAAAUUAUAAGCUUUACACUCUCUUAUAAUCUCCAGAGGCCAUCAGGCUACUUUUACUUUCUUGAUGAAGACCUCAACCCUUUGUCAAUCCUUACAAUGACUUCCUGUAACCUUUAGGAGUCAAUUCAAAAUACUAGCACUUACAUAUAACACUCUUAACAACUUUAUCCCUCAUUAGAUUUCUUUAUUAUUUUAUAGGUGCUAUUUUUAUGUAUUUUACCAAUGUGAUAUGCUAAUGUUGAUUUAUUUUUCAGUGGAACAACCAGGACUUGAUUUCCCACUAGGGACCUUCCUAUAGUCGCCUGCCCGGUGGGGGUGCCUUCCUACAGUUGCCUGCCCAGUGGGGGUGCCCACUCUAUUUGUUAAAAGCCCCCUCUCUACUUCCUGUCCAGUGUCUGAUUCUUGUUGACUUGAACCAAGGCUGAUGGACUCUGGGAUUGCUGUAUUCAAUCUGAGGAGGCCUGAUCUAUGCAUAACCCAAACUCUCACAUGGAACAUAGUGUUCUCCUGGAGGGAGAAGGGAGAGGACUGUGGCCAAAAGGGACAACUAAAAAAUGACAGGCACACACACAACUACAAAUGCUGAUACUUGCAGUCUGGGGAGCAGUUACUUGCUUUCCCCUGGCAAGAUAUACUAAUUAGAAUGUAACAUGAGAAUUCCAAUUACAUAAAAUAUAACAAACAACCAGUAUAAUGAACAGCGCUACACAGCCUUCGAGUGUUGGUUCCAGAAGUAGGAAUCUUCAGCAUGAAGUGCCCCACUAACAGCGAACAAUUCUAAAAAUGCUCUAUUAUUCCAAGUCUAUGAAAUUUUCUGUUUUAUUCAGUCAUCAAAGAUGGAUUGUCACAAUAACUGUCAGAGAGAUAGAACCUUGGCAAGUCAAUAUUGACAUUAGUCCAUCAAACUCACGGCAUUCUAGCAACAUCUUAAAUGCGAGAAAGCCACUUGCACUUCUACCUUUCCUUUGUGAGGUGUGAGUUAACUCUGCAAGCUGGGUUGCAUCUUAUCCUAACAUAGAACCAGCAAAAAUAGCUGAUUUGGAAAUGCUUCUUUUCCUGGCACUGCAGGACCCUACAGUGCCCCUCUCCCUACCUCCACCCCCUCCCCACCUCUGCCUACUCUCCUCUCCCGCCGACGCGUUAGCCGGCGGGGGAGACCUAAUGCGCAUCCGCGGCAAUGGCCACGCACACGCAUUACACCUCCCCAUAGAAAGCAUUAAUCAAUGCUUUCCUAUGGGGAUUUCGGUGACAGUGGAGGUCCUCACAUAGCGUGAGGACUUCCAGCGCUGUUUAAAACACUUUUCGUGUUCUAAGAACACGGAAGUCCCUCUAGUGGCUGUCUGAUAGACAGUCACUAGAGGAGGACUUAACCUUGUAAGGUAAUUAUUGCAGUUUAUAAAAACUGCAAUAAUUACACUUGUAGGGUUAAGGAUGGUGGGAGUUGGCACCCAGACUACUCCAAUGGGCAGAAGUGGUCUGGGUGCCUGGAGUAUCCCUUUAAUUUUGAAAUUCCAUUUUCAAUUUGGCGCAGUACACUGAAUAGUGAAUAAAUCUUAUUAUGAAAAACUUAACUGUUUGACCUCAGACAGACCUCAGCCAUCAAUUAAGUCAUAUGCUUAACUUAAUUGUUUGCUGACCAUAGGAUGAUCUCGAUCAUCAUUUGCGUGACCUAGGAGAGGAAGUCAUUUAAAAUUCUAAUAUGGCAGGAAGGAAGAGAAAUACAUAAAAUAGCAAAGUAGCUCCUGGGAUAAUGCAACAAUACAGUUAAAUAACUUUUCUUAAAAACAAAACCUAUUCAUUAUUUAAAGAUGUAGAAAAUACUAAAAACAAAAAAAUAAGAUAUUUGGUUUAAAGAGACAGGCGUCUAAGUUUCCGCUUACCCACUAACUUAUGGCAAGAUUGAAGUCAUCCUUGGUAAGUAGAAACUCACUCCCGGGGAGUGACCCAUGGACCCUACAGGCUUGUAGUGGUUAAUAACUUUCCAGCCAGUCUAGUAACAAAGGUCUAAACAUUGUGAUCCCUGAUAACGUAAUAUUGGAAUACUGCAGAAUACGUUCAUUAUCCCUGCUAACUAGUCCCAUGAACAUACAGUAGUUUUCUACUGGGAGAAGAAAGAGAUCCAUUUCAAAUUUGUGAAUAACCUUUUCAAGUUUUUUUAAGAAUUCUUUUAACACCACAUCUGAUGGCUACAGCAUCCAUGCAACCUCUGUUAUUAAGCUGCUGCUUUAAGUCAACCAGGAAGAUCCUCACAAUCAGUGAGGUGUCCAUGGCACAUUUGCCCAGGCUGAAUUUUUAUUUGCUCACCAAUGGCUAGAUUAUAUUAGAUUUUAAUACUUUGAAAAAAAACAUUUUUUUUCAAAGUAUUAAAAUCUAAAUAAUCAUAUCAAAUGUAAAAACAAAUACUAACAUAAAAACACAUUUCAGAAAUGUUACAAAAUUUUAAUAUUUUUAGUAUUAUUAAAUCAUUUUAAAAGUUUAUUAAAAAUAAAAUAAUUUGAAAAGCUUAUCCAACAAUAUUAAGCCGAGGCCUAAAUCAGUUAACAGUAGACUCAAGAUAAAAACAGAAGUGUGAUUAGUAGAUUAAGUAUACCAAAAGGUACAGUCAGUGACUACCAGGUGAUUGAGAGAGAACCACCAUAAUUGGGACCUAAGCAUUGCAGCUUUGUGUUUUUAAUAAUGGGUAAAAAAAAAGUAAAUGGUUUUAUAUUUUUCUAAUAUAAAAUAACCAAGAGUGCAUUGGCGUUUCUUUGUUUAUAUGCAUAUAUCUUUUUACCCAGAUAUACUGUUAUACUACAUUUAAAUAUCAUAAGGGAAAAAAUUGUCUUAGAUAUAGCAGUUCUUAAUUUUUUAAAUUAUAUAUAUAUAUUUUUUUCUUUAUCAUAUCAAUUCAAUGAUUAGUGAUAUACAGUAUAUAUAUAUAUAUAUAUAUAUAUAUAUAUAUAUAUAUAUAUAUAUAUAUAUAUAUAUAUAUAUAUAUAUACUGUAUAUCACUAAUCAUUGAAUUGAUAUGAUAAAGAAAAAAAUUACUAAUUACAUACUAUUGUAAACUAUUACAUUAUAUGUAACUCUAGUAAUCAAAAACUCUGGAGGAGGCAGGGCCUGACUGCAGAUGGAGUCAGCAGCAUGGUGCGGGAACACCACUUAAAACACCUUUAAAUUGGGCAAUCUUGCUAUAUAUCUGGCUAGAAUCCUGCUCUUAUUACCGUGGAGCACACUGCUACCUAUCUGUCUCACUUCAGCUUGUUUCCUGCAGAGACAGCCCGUGUGAGACUCCUCUGCAGCCUACAGCUACAAUUGAGGGCGGGAAGGAGGCCGAUCCCCAGCCUCGAUUUGGUGCCUACUAAUCCGGAGCCCUGUCCCCCCCCAGCCCCCACACCCCUUAGGACCAAUGGGGGAUAUCCUGGGCUGCUCCCCACUGGUGUAUCAUAGUGGUAAGCCUGACAAAACCUCAAGCUACCUGGGGAUCAAAAGGCCUGAGACCUAGAAACCAAAAUGGCCACCCAGCCAAGACCAGCUGUUAUGGAUACCCCACUAUGCUCUCUUCCACACGUGGAGUAGUUCCUCAUGGCAUUUGACCGCACUUGUGAAUUGCUCUGGGAAAAGCUUCGGAACAGGAAACCUCUCCCCCUCCUGCUGGCGGAGUUGUAACCCCCUGGAGCCAUGCUGCUGACCUCAAUGCAACCAGCAUCUCCCCAGUGGGGCACAGCAAAAUAGACGGCGCAGACGGAUGGUGCAGAAGUUAUCUUUCAUUCACGGCUGUAGCCUACAAGUUCGCCCCGGUGGAGAAACAAACCUCUCCACUCCCAGCACAGCACGCACAACCCACGCGUCGGCACAUCUGCUCACAGGGUACGCACCGACAGGAGGAUGCGACAUCGAGCUUCAGGUGCUCACCUAAAAGGAAGCAAAUCGGACUGCCUGACACCCUGGUUCAAUCGGAGAAACCUUCUGGGAGUUGAUGAGAAUAGUGUCAUUCCCACCUCAGUACCUCUUGGUACCGGCUGAGGGGCCAACACACAUACCCUGUAGCCCAGUGGACCUAGUAUAGUCUGCCUUUAGCUCACUGCUUGCAAUAAUUCAGACUUUUUUGACCUGCAAUUAGUGCACUAGGCUUCCCUAUCUAUCUAGUGGUAAUUUGUUGUCACUACUCUUCUCUGGUUUAUAACUUAUGUUAUCCACUAGUUCUUUCACAUCCUCGAACAGUGCUCUUGUGGUUUUUCUUGUUUUCUAAUUACUUAUAAAAAAAAUAAAAAAAACUGCAGUCUUUCUCUGACAUUCCAUGUGAAGCCUACAAUAAUAUGUAUUGUUUGUUUGAAUAUUUUCAUGAAAUGUCUAUAUGUGCUUGUUAAUGCACAACAAAAAUAAAGAUUUAUUAAAAAAAACAACAACAAAACUCUGACUUCAAAGCAGUAGGACAUUCAGCAACUGUAGAGAGAGCACAAAUGUCUGUAAUAUAUUAAAGGCAAAUGGUCCGCUCAUUUAAUAUCUCCAUUACUUCUUAUGUCAAGCUUGCCCUCUCCUGUAUCAGAUAUAAAUAUCUUUCAUGCAGCCUCUUGUCCCCUUGUGAGCUGUGAAUUAUGGGUAGGAGAUGUUCUGAAUCAGCAAGAUUGCAAUUCUAAAUAUAAACAGCAUUUUCAUUACAUUUCCUUUCUGCAUAUUAAAGUAGCAUGGCAUGAUUUAGCCCACAAAAAAUAAAUAAACGGAAAACAAAAAUCUUAGACCACUGUGGCUAAGCUAUCCUUAUUUGGUAAGAUUUUAAUAGUAUUCUGUUAUAUAUUAUUGCUUUUAAACUUUGCUGAGUUAAAAAUGUUGGCACAGACAGCAUAUGCUAUGACUUUUACCACGUAUGGUAGAAUCUCAAUUAAUCCUUGUCUCAUGACCGAUAAAACUAACAGUCAACAGAAAAGUAUAAAUGAAAAUAUCUACAUUUAAAACCCAAUUUACACAGUCCACUAGAUGUUCAAAGCACAGGCAAUAAAUAUAAGAAUAAAUUAUUAGAAUCAGUAAAGUGGAACUAACUUUAACCUCACAACUGAGUUGUGACAUUUUAUUAUGUCAAGUUUGUAAGUACUGAAAGGGUUACUCCAACCACCAUGACCACUUCAGUGAUUUGAGUCAUGACUCAGGAAACAUCUAUCUAGGGAAGGGUUGUCUGGGAUAACUUACCUACCCAAGUAAAGACACAACACAAGGUUGGAGUUCGAAGAGGCCACAACUUUUAUUUCAAAUACACAAUGUGACAAAAUAUCCUUAGAAUCGCAAUGUUUCGUAAUAUUUUAACACCAAAAUGCAUAAAGAAUUUAUAUAAAGAGAUAUUAACUCAAUUACAGGAUCAAUAUAGUGUCAGGAAAACAAACUCGUUUUCCUGGCACUAUACUAUCCUUAGGUCCCCUCAGGGCUCUCCUCCCGCUGGGCUGAAGGGAAUGGGCUGAAGGGGUUAAAACCCCUUCAGCCACUUACCUUUUAACCCAUAGCGAGCUCCUGUGAGAAUUUACCCAGGCAUAAGCACAACAGUAUAUUAUGAUGAAUAACCACCGUCAGCAAUUAUCUAGCACGUAGCACAUUUACCAUGGUUUGCUUCUUAUGAUUUCUAUGCAACUAGCGCAACUAAAGAAAAAAUCCUCAAAAUAGUCAUGAUUGCUAAAAUGCAUCACAUGUCCAGGUUUUCAUUUAAUUUUUUGAAGUUUUACGACAAAUAUAACAAGAAGUGAAUUACAGUUUAAGUGUGUAUUUUUUUUUAAAAAACAGACUUACCUUCACCAGGACUUUUAACUGAAUAACUUUUUAUUAAAGGGACACUAUAGUCACCAGAACAACUACAGCUUAUUGAAUUUGUUCUGGUGAGUAGAAUCAUUACCUUCAGGCUUUUUGCUGUAAACACUGUCUUUUCAGAGAAAAUGCAGUGUUUACUUUACAGCUUAGUGAUAACUUCACUGGCCACUCCUUAGAUGGCUGUUAGAGAUCCUUCCUGGGUCAUGGCUGCCUAAAAUGCAUCCAAACAUUCAGUGUCUCCUCCCUCUGCACGCAGACACUGUACUUUCCUCAUAGAGAUUCAUUGAUUCAAUUCAUCUCUAUGAGGAGAUGCUGAUUGGCCAGGGUUGUGUUUGAAUUGUGCUGGCUCUGCCCCUGAUCUGCCUCCUUGUCAGUCUCAUCCAAUCCUAUGGGGAAGCAUUGUGAUUGGAUCAGGCCACCACUUCUGAUGAUGUCAGCAGACUGCUUGUUUUUCUGAGACAAACAGCAUGAAAAGUUACAGCUUCAGGCUUGAAUACAGUAAGAUUUUUACUAUAUUUAUGGAGACAUGUUUGUGUUUCUGACCCUAUAGUGAUCCUUUAAAAAUGUAUCAUCAGCCUCUGCCAGUUGUCCAGUUUUAGCCAAAUAAUUUACUGGGCCCACAUACCAAUGGCGACAAUUUUCAUCCAUCAUGGCAUAUUUGCAAAAGAAGAAAACUUAAAGGGAUAAUGUAGGCACCCAGACCACUUUAAUGUUUAUAUUGCAGCAAUAAGUCUGCCAAGUCACUGGGAGCGCUUCCGAAAUCCAAACGGACUUUUGGUUCUCCAUGAGGACCUCCAGCGUCAGAUUUUUCCCACAGGAAAGCACUGAAUGACGUCGACUGACGUCGGCGAGGGUGGAGCCUGACCCAGCGCCGAGGGACAUCAGCACUGGAUACAGGUAAGUGGCUUGUUUGCAUUUAAGCUAUUUUGGGCUUUUUCAACAUUUGCGCUUUUUCAACAUUUUACUGCAGCCACCAUCAAUAUAUUUUUUUGUCAUACACAUUGAAUUUUAAUGGUGAAUGUCACAGAUCUUGUGCACAGAGCAUGUGUGUCAUACUGCCGCAAAGACAUCAGACUUAUAUUCUUUUGCAUAUUCCAAGUAAGGCAUUACCAUUAGACUUGUGCAUUCAGUUUUAAAUUAAUUGCUAUUCAUGCAAAUAGUGGGCGAUAGGCAAAUCAUCCAAAUUCUGUAACUUCUAGACGCUAUAUGACCGAAUCAUGAAACAAACUAAACAAGGAAUGAACGAGCCAUUUAGUUUGUUUCGUGAUUUAAAGUUUUGUUUGUGCUGCCAACAUUUAAAAAGAUGUAAAAGAAGAUGAUUGCUACCAAAUGCUGAUUUUAUUCACAAAUCAAGAAGAAGUGAGCAACAGAGUGAAAAAAAGGAGAAGCAAAAUAAAAUAAAUCUACAUUUAUAUAUUAUGCCGUAUAUACUCGUAUAUAAGUUGAUCUAAUGUAUAAGUCGAGUGCAGUUUUGUGACCAACAAUUGUGAAAUAUGCUAUGCCUCGUGGAUAAGUCGAGGGUAAAACUUGGGGCUAUGAAAUUCUGUGAUUUUUAUAAUUAUAUACACACACACUCAUACAAACACACACUCUGCAUUAUAUACACACACUCUGUGUAUAUAAUGCAGAGUGUGUGUUUGUGUAGUGUGUGUGAACUGGGUGGGGGAGGGCAUUUUUAUUAUUUUAAUUUUUUUUAAUUUUAAUAUUAUUAUUUUUUUAUUAUUUUAAUUUUAUUUUGUCCCCCUCCCUGCUUGUUAACUGGUCAGGGAGGAGGGCUAUCUUAAUCCCUGGUGGUCCAGUGGCAUGGGCUGUGAAGUGGGGGGGCCGGCAGGAAGCAUUUACUUACCUUUCCUGCAGCUCCUGUCAGCUCCCUUCUCCUCCGUUCCGGUCAGCUCCACUGUAAGUCUAGCGGUCUGGUUGCCGCGCGGAUCGUUGCCAUGGCUCUGACGGCCGCGGCUCUCUAAGUUGCCAUAAUACAGACAGUGACUCGAGUAUAAGUCGAGUGGGGGUUUUUAAGCACAAAAAAUGUGCCGAAAAACUCGUCUUAUACUCGAGUAUAUACAGUAUAUUUAAUAUAUAUAUAAACAUAUACCUUUUUAAUGCUUCUCCUUUUUUCCUCCUAUUGGCUACUUCUUGAGAUGUGAACUAAAUGGCAUGAAAAUGCAUAUUUAUUGUAUGUAUAUAUUUUGCAGUACACUAAUAGGCACAGUUUUGCAUUAUUUUCGCACCAAUUGUUUUUCCCAAACAAUCGCAUAGACAAAAUUCAUCUGAAUCAUAAUGCCUACAGACAAAAUCUGAUUCGCCCAAUGCAACAUACUUUGUGUGGUACAAAUCGAUUUGAACUAACUGAAUUUUUUUUUCACCACACAUCUACCACCCAUGCAUUUGCCACAUUUUGAGGAAAUUUGUAGGGUCACAGUGUAUAUGUGCCCAAAUUUGUACAAAUUGGAUGAAUACCCAACUUUACAAAUUGGCUACAUGCCCAAAUUUUUACCUUUUUGUUUGCUUCCAAGAAACACUAUUUUAAUUAAAGAAUAAAAUUAAUCUAUCUGUAUCAUCAUACUCAUAAGCAUCAAAUGUUGAUGCUAUUUUUAAUCCUGUCUAGGCCUAACCCUAUUUUACUCUAAACCUAACUGUUGUUAACGCUCGCUGACUCUAGCCCUAAACCCAACUAACCCUAACACUAACGCAAGUUAACCCUAACAUUAACUAACCCUUACUAAACAUAGCCUUAACUAACCACCAACCCAAGCACUAACUGACCCUAACAAUGCAUUGUUUCACAGAUAGGGGAUAUCUUUAUACAUGUAUCACAUGAUAUAAAGCCUUGACUGACAGCUAAGUCUUGUCACCACACUGAUUUGCUUCCAGGGUGAGCAAUCGUAACUAUCUGGUUGCCUAAAUGCUAAGGCAGCACAAUAAUAUGUGUACUGCUGAAGUCAAGAUCAGCUUUCACUAAUAGCCUGCUGCUAAAGCGAUGCUACACCAUUAAACUGCAGUUUCAAGAUGUUACCGGAAGCCUCACUGAUGAGGCUUCCAGUAUCAGAAUGGCAGAUGCUCCAAUCGUAGUAUCUGAAAUUGGAUCUGGAGGCCCUACCAAUGAUUGCCAGUGAUAGGUUUAAGAUCCUUAAGACUGUUUGCAUGUUUGAACCUGCAGAUAGCUAUUUAUCUAAUGUCUUAUUGUUAGACAUCCAGAAAUAUCAAAAUCUCACUGAUUAUGGUGAGAUCAGCUUUAAAAAACACUUUUGGCCAAGGACAUACAUCAAGUGCAUGAUGACAACAGACAUACACUUUAAAUAUGUUGUCAGUAAUGUGUUAAGAAGAAAAAAGUGUAAAAUAUGUUAUAACCCAACAAAACGAAGUAUAGUACCUCCCUGGACAUUAAGGAAGGGAGGACAUGACUGCUGGCAGGGAUAAGGGGUUAGGUCACAAGGGGAUACAUUGUUACACAUGGGGGGACAUUAAGAUGGGGAAAAAGGGGAGGGUACUCACCAGUUCCUGGGCAGAGGUGUAGUCAGUGGCGUACAUACCAGGGUCGCAGGGGUCGCGGCUGCGACCGGGCCCGGCCCACCAGGGGGCCCGGCCGCCCCUGCGACCCGGUAUGUACGCUCAGGGCCAGCCUCUUCCCCUGGGGGGCCCAGGAGCCGGCCACCCCAGGGCCCCCCAAGGCUGGCCCUGCUGUCACCGGGUGGCCGGUCGGGAAGGCGGGCGCGCGAGGGAGCACUCAGUGCUUCCUCUUCAGCUCCCUCGCGCACCGCACUGAUGCCGGAGCCGGAAGAUGACGUCAUCUUCCGGCUCCGCCUCCGGCAUCCCUAUGCGGCGCGCGAGGGAGCUGAAGAGGAAGCACUGAGUGUUCCCUCGCGCGCCCGCCUUCCCGACCGGCCACCCGCCCGCCGGGGUCAGCAGCACCACUGGACCCCAGGGAAUCCCCCCAGCACUCCAAAAGGUAAGGAGGCUGGGGGGAUUACAUAAAAAAAAACAAAAAACUAGUGUUAGUGUGAGAGUGAGUGUUAGUGUGUGUGUGAGGGUUAGUGUGAGUGUCUGCUAGUGAGUGUUAGUGUGAGUGUGUGUGUGUUAGUGUGUGUGUGUCUGCUAGUGAGUGUUAGUGUGUGUGUGUCUGCUAGUGAGUGUUAGUGUGUGUGUGUCUGCUAGUGAGUGUUAGUGUGUGUGUCUGCUAGUUAGUGUUAGUGUUAGUGUGUGUGUGUGUUAGAGUGAGUGUUAGUGUGUGUUACUGUGUGUGUCUUACUGAGUGUGUGUGUUAGUGAGUCUGUUUGAUGUCUGUUAGUGAGUGUGUGUUUGUCAAUGAGAGUGUAUGUUUUGUAAGUGAGUGUGUAUGUAUGUCUGUCGCUGACUGUGUCUCUGUCAGUAAAUGUGUGUCUCUGUCAGUAAAUGUGUGUGUCUGUUAGCUAGUGUGUAUGCGCCUGUAAGUGAGAGUGUGUGAGUCUUCAGCACUUACCUUUCUCCAGCGCCGGACUCCCUUGGCGCUGAGGAUCCCUCAGCCUCUCAGCUCCGAAUGCGACCGCGCACGCAUUCAAACCGCCCAUAGGAAAGCAUUACUCAAUGCUUUCCUAUGGACGCUCAGUGUGCUCCUCUAGCGGCUGUCCGUGAGACAGCCACUAGAGGCUGGAUUAACCCUCAGUGAAACAUAGCAGUUUCUCUGAAACUGCUAUGUUUUCAGCUGCAGGGUUAAAACUAGAGGGACCUGACACCCAGACAACUUCAUUGAGCUGAUGUGAUCUGUGUGUCUGUAGUGGUCCUUUAAAGGACCACUAUAGUGCCAGGAAAACAUACUCGUUUUCCUGGCACUAUAGUGCCCUGAGGGUGCCCCCACCCUCAGGGUCCCCCUCCCGCCCGGCUCUGGAAGGGGGAAAAGGGGUAAACUUACCUUUUUUCCAGCGCUGGGCGGAGAGCUCUCCUCCGGACCCUCUCCCCUGCCGGGUUGUAUAAGACGCUACGCAAGAGCUGUGCGCCAGAUUCAGUUGUCAGCAUAGGAAAGAAGCCCAUAAUGCUUUCUAUGGAUCGCUGGAGCGCGUUUCCUCACCGUAAAAUCAUGCGAGAAGCACGUUAGUUAAAGCUCUAGCGCUGUCAAUGAGACAGCCGCUAGUGGAAUAGAAGGCUUAACCUUAUUCAGAAACAUAGCAGUUUCUCUGAAACUGCUAUGUUUAUGAAAAAAUGGGUUAACCUCCCUAGUUGAUUUGAGACCCGUGACCACUUCAUUAAGCUGAAGUGGUCUGGGUGCCUAGAGUGGUCCUUUAAGUGUGUGUGCAUCUGCAUGCACUGGUGUACAUACCGCGAUCGCAGGGGUCGCAGCCCUGUAACCUCUGCGACCAGGUGCCCACCGUCAUGUGUUGCGGCCCGGCCCGCGCGCAGGGGGGGAGGGGAAGGAGGGAGGGGGGGGCCCACGGAUCAAUUUUCGCACCGGGGCCCCAUGGGUCCUGUGUACGCCACUGGGUGUAGUGUUGCUAGCUUCCCCUGGGACUGUCCAAAAAAAAAAAAAAAGAUUUUUCAAUUAUUAAUAUUUUCAUUUGGAUUUUCUACUUACCUGACUUCCCCCUCAUCUGGCAUCGGGAGAAUGGCUUCAGCUGUGUCAAGGGAAGAUGUGGUAGCCUUACUGCAGGCGUACCUUACCUCUCAUGGAUCCGGUGCUUUGGAGGAGGUGAUCGCUGGGGUGGAUAAUCGCCCGGCUCCUGCUGCAGCUUCAGGGACUUCUUCUAUUCCGUUGGAUGGCGGUAGGAGGACCAGGCGUUCCAGGCCUCCUACGCGCCUGUCCCCCAGUCCGGUGUCCAGACGUCGAGGUCGCCAGCGGGAACAGCGGAUUGGCACCAUUGGCGGCCAUCAUCGUUGGUGGACAAGAUGGCGGCGUUGCGGGAAGAUCUCGGAGCCCGCCGUCUCUUCCGGUCCAAACGGCGGGAAGAGAGAGGACGCCGGAAGUGAGUGGAAGCGUCGGCGUGCGUCAGGCCGCCGGACGUCAUCAUCGGGCGCAACCGGAAGUGACGCGCCCCGCCGGAUCACGGGACCCGGAAGUGACGCGCUCCGGCGGCGUCCCGAACCCGGAAAUGACACACAACGUCGGCGCCCGGUCCAGAACACGGAGUUCUCAGGGCGCCGGACGCAGAGGACGGUCGGCAGGGAGAAGAGGAGACCUCAGGAGAGCCCAGACAGCCGGAGUCAACCCCCAUCACCCUGAGGCAGCCGGUUUCGGAACGGUUAACCGGGAGCACACCUCAGGUCCAGCUGCAGAUGUCCCUGGGAGCCCUUGGUCGGAUUCUGGUUCUGAAGAGGAGGAGGUUUCGGUGCCUGCAGUUCCCCAGCGGUCCGGUGAGUGGUUACAUGGCGCCGGCGUGCCAGGGACUGGGGCCCAAGAUCAGGCUAGUGAGUGCUUGCGCUUGCUUAGGACCCUAGUGGCCACUUUCCCUUCCCAUCUUACUGGGCUGGAUACUAGACAGGUUCAGGGACAGGGUCUCCCAGGGCUGGCUGAGGGUCAGCCGCAGGGAUGUUCUCAAACCCUUAGGGCUCAGCCUGCCGCAGGGGCUUUUCGUGCCGGUUCGGUGGGAUGUGAUCUUGCACCGUUAGGUUUGCAUGUCCCUAUGGACGUGCAAGAGAAGAUUUGGAGAG